AAAACGUACCCAGAGAAAAGAGAAAAAAUGGGGGAGCAUAUUAAAAUAGUGUAGAAGUAUAGGACUUCUUCCUCUAUUUCCUUAUUCUCAGGCAAAUCAAUCAAAAGUGCUUUUUUCUUCUUCUUUUAGUUCGGAGUAUCUCUCUGUCUCUCUAGAAUAAAAAAAAAAGCAUCACCCUUUAUUCAAAUUAAUUCCUCUUUCAAUCUCUGCUUAUCGCUGAAAGAGAAUUUUUUAACUCUCUUUCUUUUACAGUUAGAAAUUAGCAUUUUCCUUUUGUCUUUUUGACACUUUGUCCGUUUCCCUCUACUAAAUCUUUGUGGAUACUUAUGCUUCUUCGAUUCUCUUAAAAGAAGACUUUAAAUUUAUUUUGACAUAACUCUGGUUAUUCCUCCAAACCCCUUUUUUAUGAGUUCUGUGCACUUCUCUCGCUGCCUCAAAGUUUGUAAUGGGAUAAAACUCGGAGAAAGAGGAGGUGUAAGGGAAGUUUCUCCAUUGAUGAUAAACUGUUUCAAAGACCUAAUACAUGCUUUGAUGAAUGUUUUGCUUUCCACUAAUGAUGAUGAUGAUGAAGAUCAUGUGGAUGGUCAUGGGAAUGAUGCUACAGAAGAAGAUGACGCAAAGGAAGACGAUGGUGAUACUCCCACUCUGACAAGUAGUCUCAGAAAGGUGGAUUCGAGUUCAAAGAAGAAGAAGGUACAACGGGUGGAUGUGAUGGGGAUUAAGGAGCUUGCUGAGAUUCGUGAAUUCGAACCCAGUUCAAAACAUUACGUUUCUAUUUGGUCUGUGGAGAAUUUGAUGGAUUAUCUCAUUUUCUUUGCAAUGAAGAAAAAGAUGAUAUUGAUCGGCGGAAAAACUGUGUGUGUGUUAUCCUGUGAUCUCUCCAAUUUAGUUUUAAUGGAGGGUCCAAGGCCAGCAUUUGAAUCUAUAUACAUAGAUAGAGAGGUACAUAUAGAGUGAGCGAGAGAAUCUGCAUUUGUCUUCUUCUUCUAGAGAUGCUAAUUAGUAUACAUCUUUAACUUUAUUCGUUUCUUCAACCAUUUAAUGGAAGCUGUUUUGGGGGGUGAUCAAGUUCUGGAGUAAGUUACAAAUUUAGCAAUCACUAUGUCCGUCAGACAACUUUACUCGGUCUGUAACUUCAGCAGCUUGUUGUCUUUUGACGUAGCUCUUUCUACAUUUUGUAAAUAAUAAUAGUAAGCUUUUCAUGUGUGUGUAUAGUA